UCCCGCCCCCAGCUCGAUGAUCGGCACCGCAGCUGCCGCCGGCCCUGACACCCACGGCUCCCUCUCGCCGCCAUGGCCUUUUUCACUCACCGCUUCCUGCGCUCCAUGUCUUCCACCAACAGCCUGGCCAUCAAACACAUCACAGUGAUCGGUGGCGGGCUGAUGGGCGCUGGCAUUGCCCAGGUAGCUGCUGCAACAGGGCACUCGGUAAUUCUGGUGGAUCAGGCUGAAGAUAUCUUAAAGAAAUCAUUGAAGAAAAUCGGAGACAGCGUUGGGCGUAUAAGCAAGAAGAAGUUUAUAGAUAAGCCUGAGGCAGGUGCAGAAUUUGUUCAGCAGACUCUUCAGAAAAUCAGUACCAGUACAGAUCCAGCUUCUGCGGUCCGAAACACAGACCUGGUCGUGGAAGCUAUUGUGGAAAAUGUUAAUGUUAAGCAAGAACUUUUCAAAAAACUGGAUCAGUGUGCACCAGAGAAAACUAUUUUUGCCAGCAACACUUCAUCACUCUCAAUUGGUGAAAUGGCAAGCGCUACAACAAGACUGGAUCGAUUUGGUGGGCUCCAUUUUUUCAAUCCUGUACCCUUGAUGAAGCUGGUGGAGGUGAUUCAGACUCCAGAGACCAGCCAGCAGACAUUCGAAGCAUUAAUGAAUUUCACCAAAGCAUUGGGGAAAAAACCUGUGGCUUGUAAGGACACUCCAGGAUUUAUUGUGAAUCGGCUUCUGGUACCGUAUAUAAUGGAAGCUAUCCGGCUGUAUGAGAGAGGUCAUGGAUCAAAGGAAGAUAUUGAUGUUGCAAUGAAACUGGGCGCUGGAUAUCCCAUGGGUCCUUUUGAAUUAUUAGAUUACGUUGGACUUGACACCAGCAAGUUUAUUAUUGACGGGUGGCACAAGAUGGAUCCAGACAACCCCCUCUUUGCUCCCAGUGCCCUAUUAAAUAAACUGGUGGAUGAAGGAAAGCUGGGUAAAAAGACCGGUGAGGGUUUCUACAAAUAUUCCUAGAAGACAAGUUGUGUUGUUACAGUUUUUGGACACUGAAUCAUGCAAGCUGCCAACUGUUAGCUCAGAUAGACACAAAAUGCCUGAGUGACUCAGCGGGACAGGUAGCGUCUCUGGAGAGAAGGAAUGGGUGACGUUUCGGGUUGAGACCCUUCAUCAGACGUCACGCAUUACUUCUCUCCAGCAUUUUGUGUCUAUCUUCGAUUUAAACCAGCAUCUGCUGUUCUUUCCUGCACAACUGUUAGCUCAGUGUGUGUAAUUUCUCUGGCAAUUACAUUAUACAAAUUGCUAUGUAAUAUUUUGAAAAUGUGUCUGGUACAAUGACGGUAGUAUAUAUCUGUAAAAGAAAAAAUAUUAAAAUCAUUAUAUUGUUUCUACCUCGAAAUGCCUUUCAAAUUAUUAUACAUCCAAAGAUGUUCAGUAAUGUACUUGGAGUGAUUGUGGGCUUUGAAUUUGUAAGUUCUUUAUAUUUUUAACGUAUCAAUAAAGUGUCACUUGACUCGGAUAAA